ACAAGCUUUCCAGAUAAGCUUCCAUACAUCUUAUUCAUAUCUUCUUCAAUUAUAUAGCUCUGAUUCUGAAUCUGAGGAAGAGCUUACAGAGGAGGAACUUGCUAAACUGAAAGAAGCACUGGAAGAGAAAAAGAAGCUAAUUGCCACACUGCGAAACAAAUCUUGGAAAAUGAAGAAGAAACUGGAAGUCUUGAAGGAAGCCCAGGAUUUUGUGGAAAAAUUUGAAGGGGCUCUUGGAAAAGGCAAAAACAAACAGUUCUAUGCUUUUAAAGUGAUGAUGUCAAAGAAAUGGAUAAAAUUUCAACGUGAUUUUGAGAAUUUUAAAACAGCCUGCAUACCCUGGGAAAUGAAAAUAAAAGAAAUUGAAAGUCACUUUGGCUCUUCAGUUGCAUCUUAUUUCAUUUUCUUGCGCUGGAUGUAUGGAAUAAAUAUUAUUCUGUUUGGGCUGACCUUUGGUCUUAUCAUGGUGCCUGAGGCUUUGAUGGCAAAGCCAUAUGGGAGCUUACCAAGAAAAACUGUGCCAAGAGCCGAAGAAGCAGGUGCUAUGAACUUUGCAACUUUGUGGGACUUUAGUGGUUUUGCACAAUAUUCCGUGCUCUUUUAUGGUUAUUACAAUAAUCAGAGAACAAUUGGCUGGCUGAAGUUUCGACUACCUCUGUCCUACUUUUUGGUUGGAGUUGGGUCCAUUGGUUAUAGCUUCAUGGUUGUCAUCCGCACAAUGGCAAAGAAUGCACAUGAUGAUGGUGGAGGCGAUGAUACCAGUUUUAACUUUAGCUGGAAAAUGUUCACAAGCUGGGAUUACUUAAUUGGCAAUCCUGAAACAGCGGACAACAAAUUUGCAUCAAUAACAACUAGCUUUAAGGAAGCAAUUGUCGAAGAACAAGAAAGCCGAAGAGAUGAGAACGUUCACUUGACCCGUUUCCUGAGAGUUCUUGCUAAUUUCUUCGCCUUAUGUACACUGGCUGGGAGUGGCUACCUCAUCUAUUUUGUUGUGAGGCGAUCCCAAAAAUUUGCUUUGGAAGGCCUUGAAAAUUAUGGCUGGUGGGAGAGAAAUGAAGUGAACAUGGUCAUGUCCCUCCUGGGAAUGUUCUGCCCAACUUUAUUUGAUGUCAUUAGUGCCCUGGAAAACUAUCACCCUCGAAUAGCACUUCGUUGGCAACUGGGGCGCAUCUUUGCUCUCUUCCUGGGCAAUCUGUACACCUUCAUUAUUGCUCUCAUGGAUGAAAUAAAUCUUAAGCUGGAAGAAGAGAUGAUUGUAAAGCAGAACAUGACCAUUUGGUUAGCUAACCUGUACAAUGGGACACUGCCUGAAAACGUCACUGGUCCUCCCCCCGAUGUGGACCCUGCAGAUGUCCCUAGAGGCCCAUGUUGGGAAACCAUGGUUGGGCAGGAAUUUGUCCGGUUGACAGUCUCUGACACAGUGACAACCUACGUCACAAUUUUAAUUGGUGAUUUCCUAAAAGCUGUCUUUGUCAGGUUUUUCAAUUACUGCUGGUGCUGGGACUUGGAAUAUGGCUUCCCCUCAUACUCAGAAUUUGAUAUUAGUGGAAAUGUGCUGGGUCUGAUCUUCAAUCAAGGCAUGAUCUGGAUGGGUGCUUUUUAUGCACCUUGCCUCCCUGCGAUCAACGUCAUCCGUCUCCAUACUUCCAUGUAUCUGCAGUGCUGGGCUGUGAUGUGCUGUAAUGUCCCCCAUGCAAGAGUCUUCAAAGCAUCAAGAUCAAACAAUUUUUACAUGGCCAUGUUGCUAUUCAUUCUAUUCCUCUCCACACUACCAGUUGUCUACACUGUAGUCUCCAUUCCACCAUCUUUUGACUGUGGUCCAUUCAGCGGAAAAACUAGAAUGUUUGAAGUCAUCGGAGAAACCCUGGAGCACGAUUUUCCUUCUUGGUUUCGGAAAUUUUUUAAUCUUGCCUCAAAUCCUGGUGUGAUUUUACCCUUCAUACUGCUGAUGGUCUUGAGUAUCUACUAUCUCAAUGCUACCUCAAAAGGGUACAAGGCUAUGAACCUGGAGCUGAAGAAGAAACUACAAAGUCAAGCUGACGAAAACAAAAGGAAGAACAAAGAGAGAGCUCUGAAAGCACGAGAAGCUCUUGAACAGGCAACCCAAGGCAACCCAAAAGGGACUAAGAUCAACGAAAGAGGCCCUACUCUUGAUCCCACCACCCUUGUAAGAGCAGCUGAUGGGGAUGAGAGAUAG